ACUACUCUAGACAAUAGGUGAGUAGCAGAGAUUGGAGCUCAGUGUAGUAGGCUUAGGGUUUUCACUUUCAACGAUUUUAACCUUCAACCCUUUGUUGUCGUGAUUGGAAUUUGUAAGAGCGAAAAUGGACGAAACCACAGAGGGCAAAACCUUAACGGUGGAAGUUGAACCCAAAAAGCGCGAAGCUGAUUCGGAAAGCGACGAUCUUGUUGAUGUUCCCUCGAAGAAGCCAAAGACGGAAGAUUCUUCGGUUGUCGAAGCUUCUUUCGAAAUUCAUGCUGAUGCAGCUGAGGAUAAGGGUUCUAGGCACACAAUGGAAGAUGCUUGGGUGUGCACAUUUUGCAAUUUAUGAUGGGCAUGGAGGACGGUUGGCUGCAGAAUAUGCACAGAAGCAUUUGCAUGUGAAUGUUAUCUCAGCUGGAUUACCACGUGAGUUGUUGGAUGUAAAGGCAGCUAAAAGAGCUAUACUUGAUGGUUUUCGUAAAACCGAUGAGUCUCUUCUUCAAGAAAGUUCUGAAGGGGGAUGGCAGGAUGGUGCCACAGCUGUCUCUGUCCGGGUAUUGGGACAAAAAGUUUUCGUUGCAAACAUAGGAGAUGCCAAAGCAGUUUUGGCUCGGUCAACUAUAAGUGAUGGAUCCCAAGGUAAUUCUGAUGGAGCCCAUGCACUAAAGGCUAUUGUUUUGACGAGAGAGCACAAACCUAUCUUUCCACAGGAAUGCGCACGCAUUCAGAAGGUUCAAAAUGCUUCAAUGAUGAUUGGUUAGAUCUUUGGGUUUAUAUAUACCUGUUACUUGACAGUUCUCAGGACGUGCAGUUGAUCUAUAACUUUUGGCUCUAUGCAAAAAACUUAAGUUACCAUAUCCAUCUCUUUAUAUAGAACUUUCCACACUCUUCCAACUAAUGUACCUUUUCACACAUAAUUGGACACAGCAACAUUCUGGUAUAAAGUUAAGCAUCCAUAAUAAGAAUUUUGAUUUAGCAUUCAGUCUUAUGUUGCCAGAAGCUUUAAUAACUCAUGGUUCACAAUCUUAUUAGGACCAGAUUAUCUAGUAAGGUGUCAAAUUCAAACUAGUUCAAAAUUUGAAUAAAUGAGAAGCCCACGACUGUAUGUCUAUGUGUCUGUGUAUAGCUGUGCUUUGAAGAACUUUCAUUAGUCCCUUGAAGCAUUCAUUAUCUGUGAUGCAUUACAUUUAGAAUUGUUGGUUACGUAACUUUCUAGGAUCCAUCAUUGUCCUAUUUAGUUGUUUUGCUGGUUUGAUUAACUGUUAUGAAUGAAAUGAAAUGAGAUUUUCCGGAUGUUAGGUAUUUGGUCCCAGUGAUGCUGUUGAUUUUGUUCAGAAGUUAAAUUAUCAACAAAAGAGACAGAACAGAAAAUAUUCAAUCACAUAUUUCCUUGUCAAACACAAAAACUCGAAAAUUAAAAUAAAUAAAACCGUAAUAUAAAACUCCAAAAUUAAAAUCCAAAAACUACUCCAAGAAACACAACGUAAUGAUCAGAGAAAUUAAAGCAUUAUACUUACAUUUUUCAGCGAGAGCUUGUUGGGCAGUCCCUUGCAAAAGCCAGAAUACCCACAGUUGUUGCGGCUUCCACCACCGCCUCCACCGUCGUACCUACAACGGCAUCCGCCUCUUCCGUGGUUGUAAUCUCUGGCCAUGUGAUCCAUCCCACUGCAGCUGCAGCAAGCACCAUCGCCGCCGCCUCCUCCUCCUCGUCCUCUGUAUCCACCACCACUGUCAUAGCUCUUGAAUGGCUCUUGCCUAAUCCCUUGAGUACACGCACCGUUUGAGGGGAGAUAGUCGUCGUUGCCGCAGUCGACGUCUUUGCAUCGCGAUUAAAAUGAACAAUGCGCACAAGGGAUUAUAUAAAUGUGAGGGAAUAAUAUAUGAAAGAAUGAUCCUGGAAAACUCUAAAUUUUGAAAUGAGGGACAAAAUUUAAAAAAUAUGGGAUGAAAAUGGGGUGAAUGAGGAAAAUGUAUAUGAUUUCAGACUGAAAAGUUGGGGUAAGGGAAAAACAUAUAGAAAUCUUUGUACGGUGUACACCUGAACAUGAUAUAUGUGAGUAUUAUGAUAUUGAGAGAUGUUGGUAGCCAAUUCCUAUGCAUGUAUAUACCAUGGUAUGGCACGGGGAAUGAUAAACAUGACACGAACAGUGUCACCAUACUUAGGAGGGUUGACAGCUUGGAAUUCCCCUACAACAUGCUGUCUUUUAUAAUAAUGAUAUAGG